CCUUUCUCUUCUCUCUGUGUGUCCCUACAGGCGGACCCCCAGGGGCGGGACAUAGCCAUCCGGCCCUUCCUGGAACACUGCGAGAACACACACAUGACCAUUUGGCUGGGGAUCGUGUACGCAUACAAGGGCCUGCUUAUGGUGAGUAAGAAGAGAGACUGGUGUGUGUGUGUGUCCGUCACCUACAAGGACCUAUUCAUAGUUAGGGAGGUAGUCUCUGAAACACAGGGAAGGAAGAGGUGAUGGCUGUUAUCUGCUCUGAGACACAGGGAAGGAAGAGGUGAUGGCUGUUAUCUGCUCUGAGACACAGGGAAGGAAGAGGUGAUGGCUGUUAUCUGCUCUGAGACACAGGGAAGGAAGAGGUGAUGGCUGUUAUCUGCUUUGAGACACAGGGAAGGAAGAGGUGAUGGGUGUUAUCUGCUUUGAGACACAGGGAAGGAAGAGGUGAUGGGUGUUAUCUGCUCUGAGACACAGGGAAGGAAGAGAUGAUGGCUGUUAUCUGCUUUGAGACACAGGGAAGGAAGAGGUGAUGGCUGUUAUCUGCUCUGAGACACAGGGAAGGAAGAGGUGAUGGGUGUUAUCUGCUCUGAGACACAGGGAAGGAAGAGGUGAUGGCUGUUAUCUGCUCUGAGACACAGGGAAGGAAGAGGUGAUGGGUGUUAUCUGCUCUGAGACACAGGGAAGGAAGAGAUGGUGGCUGUUAUCUGCAUCAACACCGUCUAGCAUGUGUAUACCAUGGUCAUUGUGUCAUGAUGGAGAGUUCAAUAGCUAAUUUUCUGCCGCAAACAUAUGGUUAUCAUAUCUGUGGUUGUUAGAUGUCGAUUUUAUGGAGCACAUUCUAUUGAUCUGUCUGAAUACUGGGAUAUGACUCAUACCCUACUUUACAGAUAGAGAAAUAACACAACCUGCCAUUGGUUCAGUGAUGGGUUACUGACAAUAGACUUGUCCUUCACUGAAGAGACCCUUCCACUGUGAGAAAUCUAAUAUUAAGGAAGUCUCAAGGUUUUGCUUGCCUGAGGUAGAGUACCAAGAGAGUUUUCAUCUAUAUUUUUCGUAGCUGUCUAUUUACCACCACAAACCGAUGCUGGCACUAAGACCGCACUCAACGAGCUGUAUAAGGCCAUAAGCAAACAAGAAAAUGCUCAUCCAGAGGCGGCGCUCCUAGUGGCCAGGGACUUUAAUGCAGGGUAACUUAAAUCAGUUUUACCUAAUUUCUACCAGCAUGUUAAAUGUGCAACCAGAGGAAAAAAAACUCUAGAUCACCUUUACUCCACACACAGAGACGCGUUCAAAGCUCUCCCUCGCCCUCCAUUUGGAAAAUCUGACCAUAAUGCUAUCCUCCUGAUUCCUGCUUACAAGCAAAAACUAAAGCAGGAAGUACCAGUGACUCGCUCAAUAAGGAAGUGGUCAGAUGAUGCAGAUGCUAAGCUACGGAACUGUUUUGCUAGUACAGACUGGAAUAUGUUCUGGGAUUCUUCAGAUGGCAUUGAGGAGUACACCACAUCAGUCACUGGCUUCAUUAAUAAGUGCAUCGAUGACGUCAUCCCCACAGUGACCGUACGUACAUACCCCAACCCGAAGCCAUGGAUUACAGGCAACAUCCGCACUGAGCUAAAGGGUAGAGCUGCCGCUUUCAAGGAGCGUGACUCUAACCCGGAAGCUUAGUAGAAAUCCCGCUAUGCCCUCCGAUGAGCCAUCAAACAGGCAAAGCGUCAAUACAUGACUAAGAUUGAAUCCUCCUACACCGGCUCCAAUGCUCGUCGUAUGUGGCAGGGCUUGCAAACUAUUACGGACUACAAAGGGAAGCACAUCCGCGAGCUGCCCAGUGACACGAGCCUACCAGACGAGCUAAAUGACUUAUAUGUCAAAUCAAAUCAAAUCACAUUUUAUUUGUCACAUGUGCCGAAUACAACAGGUGUAGACCUUACAGUGAAAUGCUUACUUACAAGCCCUUAACCAACAAGCAGUUUUAAGAAAGAAUACAACAACAAAAAAAUCACACCAAAAAAACAAUAUAAAAUAAUAUGAAAUAAAAGUAACAAAUAAUUAAAGAGCAGCAGGAAAAACAACAAUAGCGAGGCUAUAUACAGGGGGUACCGGUACCGAGUCAAUGUGCGGGGGCACCGGUUAGUCGAGGUAAAUGUGCGCUUUGAGGCAAGCAACACUGAAGCAUGCAUGAGAGCACCAGCUGUUCCGGACGACUGUGUGAUCACGCUCUCCGUAGCCGAUGUGAGUAAGAACUUUGAUUUGCAUACCGCCCCAACAUAUCCACAGAUGACACAAUAUCUAUUGCACUCCACACUGCCCUUUCCCAACUGGACAAAAGGAACACCUAUGUGAGAAUGCUAUUUAUUGACUACAGCUCAGCGUUCAGCACCAUAGUGCCCUCAAAGCUCAUCACUAAGCUAAGGACCCUGGGACUAAACACCUCCCUCCGCAACUGGAUCCUGGAUUUUCUGACGGGCCGCCCCCAGGUAGUAAGGGUAGGUAACAACACAUCUGCCACGCUGAUCCUCAACACGGGGGCCCCUCAGGGGUGCGUACUCAGUCCCCUCCUGUACUCCCUGUUCACCCUGGACUGCAUGGCCAGGCACGACUCCAACACCAUCAUUAAGUUUGCCGACGACACAACAGUGGUAGGCCUGAUCACCGACAACGAUGAGACAGCCUAUAGGGAGGAGGUCAGAGACCUGGCAGUGUGGUGCCAGGAUAACAACCUCUCCCUCUCUGUCAUCAAGACAAAGGAGAUGAUCGUGGACAACAGGAAAAGGAGGGCCGAGCAUGCCCCCAUUCUCAUCGACGGGGCUGUUUUGGAGCAGGUUGAGAGCUUCAAGUUCCUUGGUGUCCACAUCACCAACAAACGAUCAUGGUCCAAACACACCAAGACAGUUGUGAAGAGGGAACGACAAUACCUAUUGCCCCUCAGGAGACUGAAAAGAUUUGGCAUGGGGUCCUCAGAUCCACAAAAUGCUGCACCAUCGAGAGCAUCCUGACUGGUUGCAUCACCACCUGGUAUGGCAACUGCUCGGCCUCCGACCACAAGGCACUACAGAGGACCUCCAGGACCUCUAUACCAGGUGGUGUCAGAGGAAGGCCCUAAAAAUUACCAAAGACUCCAGCCACCCUAGUCAUAGACUGUUCUCUCUGCUACCGCACGGCAAGCGGUACCGGAGGUGCGUGUGUGUGUGUGUGUGUGUGUGCGUGUGUGUGCCUCCAAGCAGAGCUGCCAGUGACGUAGUUAACCGAGCCCCUCCAGAUGCCUGAGGUUUCUAAAUGAAAUGUGACAUCUUUGAAAACGUUCCUCUUUCCCUUGGCUUGUGUGUUUGAACACCUUAACUUAACUAGCCCAGACUGUAAAUAAUUUAGAGAGCGAGAGAGCGAGAGAGCGAGAGAGAGAGAGCGAGAGAGCGAGAGAGCGAGAGCGAGAGAGAGAGAGAGAGAGAGAGAGAGAGAGAGAGAGAGAGAGAGAGAGAGUACGCCUUCACUAUGGUGAAUCAUUAAAACACUACAGAAAUACACUACGGAAAAACAAGGAACAGCACAUCAGAAAUCAGCUCAAUGUAAUUGAAGAAUCCAUAGACUCUAACCACUUCUGGAAGAGAUAUCUAUAUAUGGGUAAACCACUUCUCCAAUCUUUUUGGGCCUAUAACAAAGAACAAACACCAAAAACAUAUACAUGAUCAAAUACAAAUCUUAUAAUCAACUAUUAACGACUACCAGAACCCACUGGAUUCUCUAAUUACAUUGAAUGAACUACAGGACAAAAUACAAUCCUUCCAACCCAUAAAGGCCUGUGGUGUUGAUGGUAUCCUAAAUGAAAUGAUAGAAUAUACCUACUACAAAUUCCAAUUGGCUAUACUUAAACUCUUUAACAUCAUCCUUAGCUCUGGCAUCUUCCCCAAUAUUUGGAACCAAGGACUGAUCACCCCAAUCCACAAAAGUGGAGACAAAUUUGACCCAAAUAACUACCGUGGGAUAUGCGUCAACAGCAACCUUGGGAAAAUCCUCUGCAUUAUCAUUAACAGCAGACUAGUUCAUUUCCUCAGUGAAAACAAUGUACUGAGCAAAUGUCAAAUUGGCUUUUUACCAAAUUACCGUAUGACAGACCACGUAUUCACCCUGCACACCCUAAUUGACAAACAAACAAACCAAAACAAAGGCAAAGUCUUCUCAUGCUUUGUUGAUUUCAAAAAAGCUUUUGACUCAAUUUGGCAUGAGGGUCUGCUAUACAAAUUGAUGGAAAGUGGGGUUGGGGGAAAAACAUACGACAUUAUAAAAUUCAUGUACACAAACAACAAGUGUGCGGUUAAAAUUGGCAAAAAACACACACAUUUCUUUCCACAGGGCCGUGGGGUGAGACAGGGAUGCAGUUUAAGCCCCACCCUCUUCAACAUAUAUAUCAACGAAUUGGCGAGGGCACUAGAACAGUCUGCAGCACCCGGCCUCACCCUACUAGAAUCUGAAGUCAAAUGUCUUCUGUUUGCUGACGAUCUGGUGCUUCUGUCACCAACCAAGGAGGGCCUACAGCAGCACCUAGAUCUUCUGCACAGAUUCUGUCAGACCUGGGCCCUGACAGUAAAUCUCAGUAAGACAAAAAUAAUGGUGUUCCAAAAAAGGUCCAGUUGCCAGGACCACAAAUACAAAUUCCAUCUAGACACCGUUGCCCUAGAGCACACAAAAAACUAUACAUACCUCGGCCUAAACAUCAGCGCCACAGGUAACUUCCACAAAGCUGUGAACAAUCUGAGAGACAAGGCAAGAAGGGCCUUCUAUGCCAUCAAAAGGAACAUAAAAUGUGACAUACCAAUUAGGAUCUGGCUAAAAAUACUUGAAUCUGUUAUAGAACCCAUUGCCCUUUAUGGUUCUGAGUUCCGGGGUCCGCUCACCAACCAAGAAUUCACAAAAUGGGACAAACACCAAAUUGAGACUCUGCAUGCAGAAUUCUGCAAAAACAUCCUCAGUGUACAACGUAAAACACCAAAUAAUGCGUGCAGAGCAGAAUUAGGCCAAUACCCGCUAAUUAUCAAAAUCCAGAAAAGAGCCGUUAAAUUCUAUAACAACUUAAAAGGAAGCGAUUCCCAAACCUUCCAUAACAAAGCCAUCACCUACAGAGAGAUGAACUUGGAGAAGAGUCACCUAAGUAAGCUUGUCCUGGGGCUCUGUUCACAAACACAAACAGACCCCACACAGCCCCAGGACAACAACAAAACCCAACUAGACCCAACCAAAUCAUGAGAAAACAAAAAGAGAAUUACUUGACACAUUGGAAAGAACAAACAAAAAAACAGAGCAAACUAGAAUGCUAUUUGGCCCUAAACAGAGAGUACACAGUGGCAGAAUACCUGACAACUGUGACUGACCCAAAAUUAAGGAAAGCUUUGACUAUGUACAGACUCAGUGAGCAUAGCCUUGCUAUUGAGAAAGGCCGCCGUAGGCAGACCUGGCUCUCAAGAGAAGACAGGCUAUGUGCACACUGCCCACAAAAUGAGGUGGAAACUGAGCUGCACUUCUUAACCUCCUGCCAAAUGUAUGACCAUAUUAGAGACACAUAUUUCCCUCAGAUUACAGAGAUCCACAAAGAAUUCGAAAACAAACCCAAUUUUAAUAAACUCCCUUAUCUACUGGGUGAAAAACCACAGUGUGCCAUCACAGCUGCAAUAUUUGUGACCUGUUGCCACAAGAAAAGGGCAACCAGUGAAGAACAAACACCAUUGUAAAUACAAUCCAUAUUUAUGUUUAUUUAUUUUCCCAUUUGUACUUUAACUAUUUGCACAUUGUUACAACACUGUAUAUAUACAUAAUAUGACAUUUGAAAUGUCUUUAUUCUUUUGAAACUUCUGAGUAUAAUGUUUACUGUUAAUAUUUAUUGUUUAUUUCACUUUUGUUUACUAUCUACUUCACUUGCUUUGGCAAUGUUAACACACGUUUCCCAUGCCAAUAAAGCCCUUAAAUUGAAUUGAAUUGAAUUGAAUUGAGAGAGAGAGAGAGAGAGAGAGAGAGAGAGAGAGAGAGAGAGAGAGAGAGAGAGAGAGAGAGAGAGAGAGAGAGAGAGAGAGAGAGAGAGAGAGAGAGAGAAGAAACAGAAGAAACAGAAGAAACAGAUGGAGACAUGGCACGACAGACUUCAGAGUUCUUGUGUCUGAGACAAAACUGGGACAUGACAACAGUAGGAACAGCAUCUGAGGAUUGAGUCACCAUCUCUCCUAUGGCACGCACACACACACACAAACACACACCUAUCCCAAGGUGUGAUCAUCUGUGACGACUGCUCCUGUGAUGCUGCUACAGCAUUAGAAUGUUGAGACACACUGAUAAGGCUUUUCAAGUUUAUGUCAAUGCUGCUGUCUGCUAUAUAGGUCACAUUAGAUGGUAUAAUUCAUAUAUUAGUGAAAAUGUACAUAAUGAGCUGUCUCUAUAUCACGACUGAAUAUCGACUACUAGAUAACAGCAACAGUAUGUACUGUACAUAAAUAGGCCUAUACAACACAUCCCUGUUAAUCUUCCAUUCUCUCUCUCUCCCCUCCCCUCCUCCUCUCCUUUCCUCCCCUCUCCUCUCUCUCUCCUCUUUUAUCUCUCCCCUUUCCACCUCUCCUCUCCUUCUCUCCUUCUCUUCUCUCCUCUCCCCUUCUUCUAUCCUCUCCUUCUCUCUUCUCUUCUCUCCCCUUCUCCUCUCCUCUCCUCUCCCCUCCUCUCCCCCUCUUCUAUCCUCUCCUCUCCCCCUCUCCUCUCCUCUCCUCUCCCCUUCUCCUCUCCUUCUCUCCCCCUCUCCUCUCCUCCUUCUCUCCCCCUCUCCUCUCCUCCUUCUCUCCCCCUCUCCUCUCGCCCCCUCUCCUAACCUCUCUCCUCUCCCCUUCUCUCCCCUUCUCUCCCCUUCUCCUUCUCUCCCCCUCUCCUCUCCUCUCCUCUCCUCUCCUCUCCUCUCCUCUCCUCUCCUCUCCUCUCCUCUCCUCUCCUCUCCUCUCCUCUCCUCUCCUCUCCUCUCCUCUCCUCUCCUCUCCUCUCCUCUCCUUUCCUCUCCUCUCCUCUCCUCUUCUCUUCUCUCCCCUCUCCUCCAGUUGUUUGGGUGCUUCCUGGCUUGGGAAACGAGGAAUGUGAGCAUCCCGGCCCUGAAUGACAGCAAGUACAUCGGGAUGAGUGUGUACAAUGUGGGCAUCAUGUGUAUCAUCGGGGCAGCCGUGUCCUUCCUCACGCGAGACCAGCCCAAUGUGCAGUUCUGCAUCGUGGCUCUGGUCAUCAUCUUCUGCAGUACCAUCACUCUCUGUCUGGUGUUUGUGCCAAAGGUAAGGACCACAGGAAAUAGUAUACUGUCACUUCCUGUCCAACCAAGGGGCAUGAAACUGCUCAACAAACUGGAUUCAGGCACUCUAAGAGGAUCUCAGAAAUUAUAAUGUUGCUGAUUGUAUGAAAUACUUUCCCUUGUUUUUAAACAUUGAAAUAUGAGUGAAUCAGAGGAGGAAUGUGAUGUGACACCUUAACCUGUCAUUCUAAGCCACUCCCCUUUAUUAUGACAACUUGCAGUUCAUCACGAUGAGGACCAAUCCGGACGCAGCUACUCAGAACCGGAGAUUAAAGUUCAAUACGAAUCAGAAGAAAGAGGACUCCAAGACGUCCACGUCAGUGACCAGUGUGAACCAGGCCAACACGUCCAGACUGGACGGCCUGCAGACCGACAACCACCGCCUCCGCAUGAAGAUAACAGAGGUGACGUCAUCAUAAUGCUGCCUUAUGUCAUGUCAUCACGUCUUAUGAAGAGGCCAAGGAGUCUCUCCCGACCACACCAGUCCUGUUACCUACAUUUAGUCCACAGUGUUUUUCCUCAACUUCACAGUCAGGAAAGACUUGUGGCCCUAUUGAUGAAGGUCAUGUGACCAGAGAGACACCCUGUUUUUUGUAUUAAUCUAAAGGAUGCUAUUCUUCAUAUGAGAGUCUUACAUUUGCGUGACAUAACAGCGAUGACAGUGUCCUCAGAGCCUGCAUUGUCUCUAAUAGGUCCUGUCUGCCAGUAACAAAAUCCUGUCACUCUAUAAAGUGUUUCUAAUAGGUCCUGUCUGCCAGUAACACCAUCCUGUCACUCUAUAACGUGUUUCUAAUAGGUCCUGUCUGCCAGUAACACCAUCCUGUCACUCUAUAAAGUGUUUCUAAUAGGUCCUGUCUGCCAGUAACAAAAUCCUGUCACUCUAUAAAGUGUUUCUAAUAGGUCCUGUCUGCCAGUAACACCAUCCUGUCACUCUAUAAAGUGUUUCUAAUAGGUCCUGUCUGCCAGUAACACCAUCCUGUCACUCUAUAAAGUGUUUCUAAUAGGUCCUGUCUGCCAGUAACACCAUCCUGUCACUCUAUAAAGUGUUUCUAAUAGGUCCUGUCUGCCAGUAACACCAUCCUGUCACUCUAUAAAGUGUUUAUAAUAGGUCCUGUCUGCCAGUAACACCAUCCUGUCACUCUAUAAAGUGUUUCUAAUAGGUCCUGUCUGUCAGUAACACCAUCCUGUCACUCUAUAACAUGUUUCUAAUAGGUCCUGUCUGCCAGUAGCACAUCCUGUCACUCAAAGUGAUUCUAAUAGGUCCUGUCUGCUAGUAACACCAUCCUGUCACUCUAUAAAGUGUUUCUAAUAGGUCCUGUCUGCCAGUAACACCAUCCUGUCACUCUAUAAAGUGUUUCUAAUAGGUCCUGUCUGCCAGUAACACCAUCCUGUCACUCUAUAAAGUGUUUCUAAUAGGUCCUGUCUGCCAGUAACACCAUCCUGUCACUCUAUAAAGUGUUUCUAAUAGGUCCUGUCUGCCAGUAACACCAUCCUGUCACUCUAUAAAGUGUUUCUAAUAGGUCCUGUCUGUCAGUAACACCAUCCUGUCACUCUAUAACGUGUUUCUAAUAGGUCCUGUCUGUCAGUAGCACAUCCUGUCACUCAAAGUGAUUCUAAUAGGUCCUGUCUGCCAGUAACACCAUCCUGUCACUCUAUAAAGUGUUUCUAAUAGGUCCUGUCUGUCAGUAGCACAUCCUGUCACUCAAAGUGAUUCUAAUAGGUCCUGUCUGCCAGUAACACCAUCCUGUCACUCUAUAAAGUGUUUCUAAUAGGUCCUGUCUGCCAGUAACACCAUCCUGUCACUCUAUAAAGUGUAUCUAAUAGGUCCUGUCUGCCAGUAACACCAUCCUGUCAUUCAAAGUGUUUAUAAUAGGUCCUGUCUGCCAGUAACACCAUCCUGUCACUUUAUAAAGUGUUUCUAAUAGGUCCUGUCUGCCAGUAGCACAUCCUGUCACUCAAAGUGAUUCUAAUAGGUCCUGUCUGCCAGUAACACCAUCCUGUCACUCUAUAAAGUGUUUCUAAUAGGUCCUGUCUGUCAGUAACACCAUCCUGUCACUCUAUAAAGUGUUUCUAAUAGGUCCUGUCUGCCAGUAGCACCAUCCUGUCACUCUAUAAAGUGUUUCUAAUAGGUCCUGUCUGCCAGUAGCACAUCCUGUCACUCAAAGUGAUUCUAAUAGGUCCUGUCUGCCAGUAACACCAUCCUGUCACUCUAUAAAGUGUUUCUAAUAGGUCCUGUCUGCCAGUAACACCAUCCUGUCACUCUAUGAAGUGUAUCUAAUAGGUCCUGUCUGCCAGUAACACCAUCCUGUUAUUCAAAGUGUUUCUAAUAGGUCCUGUCUGCUAGUAGCACCAUCCUGUCACUCAAUAAAGUGUUUCUAAUAGGUCCUGUCUGCCAGUAACACAUCCUGUCACUUUAUAAAGUGUUUCUAAUAGGUCCUGUCUGCCAGUAACACAUCCUGUCACUCUAUAAAGUGUUUCUAAUAGGUCCUGUCUGCCAGUAGCACAAUCCUGUCACUCUACAAAGUGUUUCUAAUAGGUCCUGUCUGCCAGUAACACCAUCCUGUUAUUCAAAGUGUUUCUAAUAGGUCCUGUCUGCCAGUAACACCAUCCUGUCACUUUAUAAAGUGUUUCUAAUAGGUCCUGUCUGCCAGUAACACAUCCUGUCACUCUAUAAAGUGUUUCUAAUAGGUCCUGUCUGCCAGUAGCACAAUCCUGUCACUCUAUAAAGUGUUUCUAAUAGGUCCUGUCUGCCAGUAACACCAUCCUGUCACUCAAAGUGUUUCUAAUAAGUCCUGUCUGUCAGUAACACCAUCCUGUCACUCAAAGUGUUCCUAAUAGAUCUUGUCUGCCAGUAACACCAUCCUGUCACUCUAUAAAGUGUUUCUAAUAGGUCCUGUCUGCCAGUAACACCAUCCUGUCACUCAAAGUGUUUCUAAUAGGUCCUGUCUGCCAGUAAAACCAUCCUGUCACUCUAUAAAGUGUUUCUAAUAGGUCCUGUCUGCCAGUAACACCAUCCUGUCACUCUAUAAAGUGUAUCUAAUAGGUCCUGUCUGCCAGUAACACCAUCCUGUUAUUCAAAGUGUUUCUAAUAGGUCCUGUCUGCUAGUAGCACCAUCCUGUCACUCAAUAAAGUGUUUCUAAUAGGUCCUGUCUGCCAGUAACACCAUCCUGUCACGCAAAGUGUUUCUAAUAGGUCCUGCCUGCCAGUAGCACAGUCCUGUCACUCUAUAAACUGUUUCUAAUAGAUCCUGUCUGCCAGUAACACCAUCCUGUCACUUUAUAAAGUGUUUCUAAUAGGUCCUGUCUGCCAGUAACACCAUCCUGUCACUUUAUAAAGUGUUUCUAAUAGGUCCUGUCUGUCAGUAACACCAUCCUGUCACUUUAUAAAGUGUUUCUAAUAGGUCCUGUCUACCAGUAGCACAAUCCUCUCACUCUAUAAAGUGUUUCUAAUAGGUCCUGUCUGCCAGUAGCACAAUCCUGUCACUCUAUAAAGUGUUUCUAAUAGGUCCUGUCUGCCAGUAGCACAAUCCUGUCACUCUAUAAAGUGUUUCUAAUAGGUCCUGUCUGCCGGUAACACCAUCCUGUCACUCUAUAAAGUGUAUCUAAUAGGUCCUGUCUGCCAGUAACACCAUCCUGUCACUCUAUAAAGUGUUUCUAAUAGGUCCUGUCUGCCGGUAAACACCAUCCUGUCACUUUAUAAAGUGUUUCUAAUAGGUCCUGUCUGCCAGUAACACCAUCCUGUCACUCUAUAAAGUGUUUCUAAUAGGUCCUGUCUGCCAGUAACACCAUCCUGUCACUCUAUAAAGUGUUUCUAAUAGGUCCUGUCUGCCAGUAACACCAUCCUGUCACUCUAUAAAGUGUUUCUAAUAGGUCCUGUCUGCCAGUAACACCAUCCUGUCACUCUAUAAAGUGUAUCUAAUAGGUCCUGUCUGCCAGUAACACCAUCCUGUUAUUCAAAGUGUUUCUAAUAGGUCCUGUCUGCCAGUAACACCAUCCUGUCACUCUAUAAAGUGUAUCUAAUAGGUCCUGUCUGCCAGUAACACCAUCCUGUCAUUCAAAGUGUUUCUAAUAGGUCCUGUCUGCCAGUAGCACAUCCUGUCACUCAAAGUGAUUCUAAUAGGUCCUGUCUGCCAGUAACACCAUCCUGUCACUCUAUAAAGUGUAUCUAAUAGGUCCUGUCUGCCAGUAACACCAUCCUGUCACUCUAUAAAGUGUUUCUAAUAGGUCCUGUCUGUCAGUAACACCAUCCUGUCACUCUAUAACGUGUUUCUAAUAGGUCCUGUCUGCCAGUAGCACAUCCUGUCACUCAAAGUGAUUCUAAUAGGUCCUGUCUGCCAGUAACACCAUCCUGUCACUCUAUAAAGUGUUUCUAAUAGGUCCUGUCUGCCAGUAACACCAUCCUGUCACUCUAUAAAGUGUAUCUAAUAGGUCCUGUCUGCCAGUAACACCAUCCUGUCAUUCAAAGUGUUUAUAAUAGGUCCUGUCUGCCAGUAACACCAUCCUGUCACUUUAUAAAGUGUUUCUAAUAGGUCCUGUCUGCCAGUAGCACAUCCUGUCACUCAAAGUGAUUCUAAUAGGUCCUGUCUGCCAGUAACACCAUCCUGUCACUCUAUAAAGUGUUUCUAAUAGGUCCUGUCUGUCAGUAACACCAUCCUGGCACUCUAUAAAGUGUUUCUAAUAGGUCCUGUCUGCCAGUAGCACCAUCCUGUCACUCUAUAAAGUGUUUCUAAUAGGUCCUGUCUGCCAGUAGCACAUCCUGUCACUCAAAGUGAUUCUAAUAGGUCCUGUCUGCCAGUAACACCAUCCUGUCACUCUAUAAAGUGUUUCUAAUAGGUCCUGUCUGCCAGUAACACCAUCCUGUCACUCUAUAAAGUGUAUCUAAUAGGUCCUGUCUGCCAGUAACACCAUCCUGUUAUUCAAAGUGUUUCUAAUAGGUCCUGUCUGCUAGUAGCACCAUCCUGUCACUCAAUAAAGUGUUUCUAAUAGGUCCUGUCUGCCAGUAACACAUCCUGUCACUUUAUAAAGUGUUUCUAAUAGGUCCUGUCUGCCAGUAACACAUCCUGUCACUCUAUAAAGUGUUUCUAAUAGGUCCUGUCUGCCAGUAGCACAAUCCUGUCACUCUAUAAAAUGUUUCUAAUAGGUCCUGUCUGCCAGUAACACCAUCCUGUCACGCAAAGUGUUUCUAAUAGGUCCUGCCUGCCAGUAGCACAGUCCUGUCACUCUAUAAACUGUUUCUAAUAGAUCCUGUCUGCCAGUAACACCAUCCUGUCACUUUAUAAAGUGUUUCUAAUAGGUCCUGUCUGCCAGUAACACCAUCCUGUCACUUUAUAAAGUGUUUCUAAUAGGUCCUGUCUGUCAGUAACACCAUCCUGUCACUUUAUAAAGUGUUUCUAAUAGGUCCUGUCUGCCAGUAGCACAAUCCUGUCACUCUAUAAAGUGUUUCUAAUAGGUCCGUUCUGCCAGUAGCACCAUCCUGUCACUCUAUAAAGUGUUUCUAAUAGGUCCUGUCUGCCAGUAGCACAAUCCUGUCACUCUAUAACGUGUUUCUAAUAGGUCCUGUCUGCCGGUAACACCAUCCUGUCACUCUAUAAAGUGUAUCUAAUAGGUCCUGUCUGCCAGUAACACCAUCCUGUCACUCUAUAAAGUGUUUCUAAUAGGUCCUGUCUGCCGGUAACACCAUCCUGUCACUUUAUAAAGUGUUUCUAAUAGGUCCUGUCUGCCAGUAACACCAUCCUGUCACUCUAUAAAGUGUUUCUAAUAGGUCCUGUCUGCCAGUAACACCAUCCUGUCACUCUAUAAAGUGUUUCUAAUAGGUCCUGUCUGCCAGUAACACCAUCCUGUCACUCUAUAAAGUGUUUCUAAUAGGUCCUGUCUGCCGGUAACACCAUCCUGUCACUUUAUAAAGUGUUUCUAAUAGGUCCUGUCUGCCAGUAACACCAUCCUGUCACUCUAUAAAGUGUUUCUAAUAGGUCCUGUCUGCCAGUAACACCAUCCUGUCACUCUAUAAAGUGUUUCUAAUAGGUCCUGUCUGCCAGUAACACCAUCCUGUCACUCUAUAAAGUGUAUCUAAUAGGUCCUGUCUGCCAGUAACACCAUCCUGUUAUUCAAAGUGUUUCUAAUAGGUCCUGCCUGCCAGUAGCACAGUCCUGUCACUUUAUAAAGUGUUUCUAAUAGGUCCUGUCUGCCAGUAACACCAUCCUGUUAUUCAAAGUGUUUCUAAUAGGUCCUGUCUGCCAGUAACACCAUCCUGUCACUCUAUAAAGUGUUUCUAAUAGGUCCUGCCUGCCAGUAGCACAGUCCUGUCACUCUAUAAACUGUUUCUAAUAGAUCCUGUCUGCCAGUAACACCAUCCUGUCACUCACAGUGUUUCUAAUAGGUCCUAUCUGCCAGUAACACCAUCCUGUCACUCUAUAAAGUGUUUCUAAUAGGUCCUGUCUGCCAGUAGCACAAUCCUGUCACUCUAUAAAGUGUUUCUAAUAGGUCCUGUCUGCCAGUAACACCAUCCUGUCACUCAAAGUGUUCCUAAUAGAUCCUGUCUGCCAGUAACACCAUCCUGUCACUCAAAGUGUUCCUAAUAGAUCCUGUCUGCCAGUAACACCAUCCUGUCACUCUAUAAAGUGUUUCUAAUAGGUCCUGUCUGCCAGUAACACAUCCUGUCACUCUAUAAAGUGUUUCUAAUAGGUCCUGUCUGCCAGUAACACCAUCCUGUCACUCUAUAAAGUGUUUCUAAUAGGUCCUGUCUGCCAGUAACACCAUCCUGUCACUCUAUAAAGUGUUUCUAAUAGGUCCUGUCUGCCGGUAACACCAUCCUGUCACUUUAUAAAGUGUUUCUAAUAGGUCCUGUCUGCCAGUAACACCAUCCUGUCACUCUAUAAAGUGUUUCUAAUAGGUCCUGUCUGCCAGUAACACCAUCCUGUCACUCUAUAAAGUGUUUCUAAUAGGUCCUGUCUGCCAGUAACACCAUCCUGUCACUCUAUAAAGUGUAUCUAAUAGGUCCUGUCUGCCAGUAACACCAUCCUGUUAUUCAAAGUGUUUCUAAUAGGUCCUGCCUGCCAGUAGCACAGUCCUGUCACUUUAUAAAGUGUUUCUAAUAGGUCCUGUCUGCCAGUAACACCAUCCUGUCACUCAAAGUGUUUCUAAUAGGUCCUAUCUGCCAGUAACACCAUCCUGUCACUCUAUAAAGUGUUUCUAAUAGGUCCUGUCUGCCAGUAACACCAUCCUGUUAUUCAAAGUGUUCCUAAUAGAUCCUGUCUGCCAGUAACACCAUCCUGUCACUCUAUAAAGUGUUUCUAAUAGGUCCUGUCUGCCAGUAACACCAUCCUGUCACUCUAUAACGUGUUUCUAAUAGGUCCUGUCUGCCAGUAACACCAUCCUGUCACUCAAAGUGUUUCUAAUAGGUCCUGUCUGCCAGUAACACCAUCCUGUCACUCUAUAAAGUGUUUCUAAUAGGUCCUGUCUGCCGGUAACACCAUCCUGUCACUUUAUAAAGUGUUUCUAAUAGGUCCUGUCUGCCAGUAACACCAUCCUGUCACUCUAUAAAGUGUUUCUAAUAGGUCCUGUCUGCCAGUAACACCAUCCUGUCACUCUAUAAAGUGUUUCUAAUAGGUCCUGUCUGCCAGUAACACCAUCCUGUCACUCUAUAAAGUGUAUCUAAUAGGUCCUGUCUGCCAGUAACACCAUCCUGUUAUUCAAAGUGUUUCUAAUAGGUCCUGUCUGCCAGUAACACCAUCCUGUCACUCUAUAAAGUGUAUCUAAUAGGUCCUGUCUGCCAGUAACACCAUCCUGUCAUUCAAAGUGUUUCUAAUAGGUCCUGUCUGCCAGUAGCACAUCCUGUCACUCAAUAAAGUGUUUCUAAUAGGUCCUGUCUGUCAGUAACACCAUCCUGUUAUUCAAAGUGUUUCUAAUAGGUCCUGUCUGCCAGUAACACCAUCCUGUCACGCAAAGUGUUUCUAAUAGGUCCUGCCUGCCAGUAGCACAGUCCUGUCACUCUAUAAACUGUUUCUAAUAGAUCCUGUCUGCCAGUAACACCAUCCUGUCACUCUAUAAAGUGUUUCUAAUAGGUCCUGUCUGCCAGUAACACAUCCUGUCACUCAAAGUGUUUCUAAUAGGUCCUAUCUGCCAGUAACACCAUCCUGUCACUCUAUAAAGUGUUUCUAAUAGGUCCUGUCUGCCAGUAGCACAAUCCUGUCACUCUAUAAAGUGUUUCUAAUAGGUCCUGUCUGCCAGUAACACCAUCCUGUCACUCAAAGUGUUCCUAAUAGAUCCUGUCUGCCAGUAACACCAUCCUGUCACUCAAAGUGUUCCUAAUAGAUCCUGUCUGCCAGUAACACCAUCCUGUCACUCUAUAAAGUGUUUCUAAUAGGUCCUGUCUGCCAGUAACACAUCCUGUCACUCUAUAAAGUGUUUCUAAUAGGUCCUGUCUGCCAGUAACACCAUCCUGUCACUCUAUAAAAGUGUUUCUAAUAGGUCCUGUCUGCCAGUAACACCAUCCUGUCACUCUAUAACGUGUUUAUAAUAGGUCCUAUCUGCCAGUAACACCAUCCUGUCACUCUAUAAAGUGUUUCUAAUAGGUCCUGUCUGCCAGUAACACCAUCCUGUCACUUUAUAAAGUGUUUCUAAUAGGUCCUGUCUGCCAGUAACACCAUCCUGUCACUCAAAGUGUUUCUAAUAGGUCCUGUCUGCUAGUAGCACCAUCCUGUCACUCUAUAAAGUGUUUCUAAUAGGUCCUGUCUGCCAGUAACACAAUCCUGUCACUCUAUAAAGUGUUUCUAAUAGGUCCUGUCUGCCAGUAGCACAUCCUGUCACUCAAAGUGUUCCUAAUAGGUCCUGUCUGCCAGUAACACCAUCCUGUCACUCUAUAAAGUGUUUCUAAUAGGUCCUGUCUGCCAGUAACACCAUCCUGUCACUCUAUAAAGUGUUUCUAAUAGGUCCUGUCUGCCAGUAACACCAUCCUGUCACUCUAUAAAGUGUUUCUAAUAGGUCCUGUCUGCCAGUAACACCAUCCUGUCACUCUAUAAAGUGUUUCUAAUAGGUCCUGUCUGCCAGUAACACCAUCCUGUCACUCUAUAAAGUGUUUCUAAUAGGUCCUGUCUGCCAGUAACACCAUCCUGUCACUCUAUAAAGUGUUUCUAAUAGGUCCUGUCUGCCAGUAACACCAUCCUGUCACUCAAAGUGUUUCUAAUAGGUCCUGUCUGCCAGUAACACCAUCCUGUCACUCUAUAAAGUGUUUCUAAUAGGUCCUGUCUGCCAGUAACACCAUCCUGUCACUCUAUAAAGUGUAUCGUCCUCUCCACUUUCAUUUACAGAACAUAUUAUGUUUUAUGUCUUUGACGUUGAAUGACAUAAGGAGAAAUCUCGUGCCAAUCACGUAGGCUUUUCUAGAAAUCUCUCUGUCAUGCAUUUCACUGUAUCUACUCUCUUCUAGCGGUGUAAGAGUAGCCGUUGCCAUUGUAGUUGUUCCUAAAGCCACUCUUGAAGUACAAUGGAGUUGAAUAGAAAAGGUUUCCUUAUGAUCAAAAUCAAUACAUUUCAGUAGGCAACCCUUAUCUGUCCUUGCAGUUUUUUCCCAUCACUAUUCAACUCUAUGUUAACAAUGGGUAACACUUUGUUUUAAGGGUCCAUAAUAAACCAUUUAUAAGGCAUUUAAGGCAUUUACAAACCAUAUGUUCACCAUUUAUUAAUCAUUACUCCCAUAGUGUAACACUAUUUUAGCCCCUUAAACACUUUUUUAACCCCUUAAACUUCAUUUAUCUCUGUGCAGUUGGAUAAGGAACUGGAGGAGGUGACCAUGCAGCUGCAGGACACCCCAGAGAAGACCCCGUACAUCAAGCAGAACCACUACGGAGAUGUCAACAACAUCCUCAGCAUACGCAACUUCACAGACGGCAAAGGUGACUGACCACUGCUGCUUUUGUUCACACUUCUACAGCAUCACCUCCCACAUAUUUCUCACUCAUUUAAACAGAUACACACCUCUGCCAGCAUGGACUGCUGCUGACGCACUCACUGUCUGCACAUGAUUCUCUCUGAAGAGUUGUACGCAUCUGUCCAAGGUAAAACAGCUGUGCUCAUCUCAGAGACAGGGAUCAGCAAGCUUUUAAUUGUUCCUCCAGUUUCUCGUCUGCUAAUUAUGAUACAAUACUACUAUCGUCAUGACAACUACACCUUAGUGCCUCUCUAGUACAUUUUUUUUUUUUUUUUUUAGUAGUUCAGUACUACAGUAUCCUGAACCUAAGUUUGUCGAUUGCUCAAUGAUAAGCUUCUGUUCAGCAUGCAGACUGACAGACAGAGAUAUAGAGAAAUAUAAUGGGUCAUUAUAUUCACCAUGAGGAUUCAGCCACGCCGUAGAGAACACCACCACAUCCAUAUCUCUACCCCAGCCAUCAGUAUUCAUGAGACUGGCUGGACUAAACGCAUUUGGGCUGUGAAUGAGGGAUGUAGCUCAGUUGAUAGAGCAUGGUGUUUGCAACGCCAGGGUUGUGGGUUCGAUUCCCACAGGGGGCCAGUAUAAAAAAAAAAAUAUAUAUAAUAAUAUGUAAGUCGCUCUGGAUAAGAGCGUCUGCUAAAUGACUAAAAUGUAAAAUGUAAAUGUAAUGAGUGGCUGUUAUAAGAGUAGGACACAGUGUCAACAGUGAUUACAAUCACAAACAACUACAAGGAACACUCUCCGUAGGGCAUGAAUAUUCAUUAGCACAUGGUUUGGACGUGCUGAAGGUAGAGUGGUGGGGUUGACUGACACAAGGACCACGGCAUCCAUAUUAGGAAUUCCAUCCAUUGUCAGGCCAGUUGAAAUACAUAGUUCUGUUAGUUGACAAGUUGGAGAGUUUCAUCGGACAAUUGAGGAACCUAAAAUGGAUGCCGUAAAGGAUCUGGAGAGUAGUUACAGAGAGUUCAGAAGGCAUGAAUAAUACUGUAUGAGGUUAUCUCUCAGGGCACAAGAGAUAGUGGCCUUUUACAGUAAACUGCACUUUUGAAACCACUCCACCAACACUGUUUUCAGAGGUGGUUUAUAUAUUCAUUCAUUUCCAAAAAGGAUUAUACUUUGAAUUGCUCAUAUGCCGAAUAAAUCAUUUACCACCGCAAUCCAAUCCAUAUGAAUCCAUUACGCUAUGUUUAGACAUGCGCUCCUGUAUCCUCCUCUUCAGAUGCACAUUUAGGACACACAAUGCCACGGUGUGAUCGUCGAAUCAGGUCAAUCUUAUGCUAAGAGGGGAAAAUCUGGGUCAACUCUAGAGGAAUAAAUCGACACAAAAGGGGAUCACUUCGAGGCUCUCCAGGUGGCGUUUGAAACACUGAUGAGGCUGUUUACUUUGAUACCAACCGUGUUCACACUCACCGUCUGUCUCCCACGGUGACGAGAGGCCAACACCAGAAUCCUGUCAGUCUGUUUCCCCCCUGGUCUCUUUCUCACUCUCUCUCUCUCUCUGUGUGUCUCUCUCUCUCUCUCUCUCCCUUCCCCUCAUCUCUCUCGCCUCUGACUCUCCAUCUAUCUGUCUGUCUCGCUUUCUCUCUCUCUCUGUCUGUCUCGCUUUCUCUCUCUAUCUGUCUGUCUCACUUUCUCUCUCUAUCUGUCUGUCUCACUUUCUCUCUCUAUCUACAGUGGGGGAAAAAAGCAUUUAGUCAGCCACCAAUUGUGCAAGUUCUCCCACUUAAAAAGAUGAGAGAGGCCUGUAAUUUUCAUCAUAGGUACACGUCAACUAUGACAGACAAAAUGAGAAAAAUAAAUCCAGAAAAUCACAUUGUAGGAUUUUUAAUGAAUUUAUUUGCAAAUUAUGGUGGAAAAUAAGUAUUUGGUCAACAACAAACGUUUCUCAAUACUUUGUUAUAUACCCUUUGUUGGCAAUGACACAGGUCAAACGUUUUCUGUAAGUCUUCACAAGGUUUUCACACACUGUUGCUGGUAUUUUGGCCCAUUCCUCCAUGCAGAUCUCCUCUAGAGCAGUGAUGUUUUGGGGCUGUCGCUGGGCAACACGGACUUUCAAAGAUUUUCUAUGGGGUUGAGAUCUGGAGACUGGCUAGGCCACUCCAGGACUUUGAAAUGCUUCUUACGAAGCCACUCCUUCGUUGCCCGGGCGGUGUGUUUGGGAUCAUUGUCAUGCUGAAAGACCCAGCCACGUUUCAUCUUCAAUGCCCUUGCUGAUGGAAGGAGGUUUUCACUCAAAAUCUCACGAUACAUGGCCCCAUUAAUUAUUUCCUUUACACGGAUCAGUCGUCCUGGUCCCUUUGCAGAAAAACAGCCCCAAAGCAUGAUGUUUCCACCCCCAUGCUUCACAGUAGGUAUGGUGUUCUUUGGAUGCAACUCAGCAUUCUUUGUCCUCCAAACACAACGAGUUGAGUUUUUACCAAAAAGUUCUAUUUUGGUUUCAUCUGACCAUAUGACAUUCUCCCAAUCCUCUUCUGGAUCAUCCAAAUGCACUCUAGCAAACUUCAGAUGGGCCUGGACAUGUACUGGCUUAAGCAGGGGGACACGUCUUGCACUGCAGGAUUUGAGUCCCUGGCGGCGUAGUGUGUUUCUGAUGGUAGGCUUUGUUACUUUGGUCCCAGCUCUCUGCAGGUCAUUCACUAGGUCCCCCAGUGUGGUUCUGGGAUUUUUGCUCACCUUUCUUGUGAUCAUUUUGACCCCACGGGGUGAGAUCUUGCGUGGAGCCCCAGAUCGAGGGAGAUUAUCAGUGGUCUUGUAUGUCUUCCAUUUCCUAAUAAUUGCUCCCACAGUUGAUUUCUUCAAACCAAGCUGCUUACCUAUUGCAGAUUCAGUCUUCUCAGCCUGGUGCAGGUCUACAAUUUUGUUUGUUUCUGGUGUCCUUUGACAGCUCUUUGGUCUUGGCCAUAGUGGAGUUUGGAGUGUGACUGUUUGAGGUUGUGGACAGGUGUCUUUUAUACUGAUAACAAGUUAAAACAGGUGCCAUUAAUACAGGUAACGAGUGGAGGACAGAGGAGCCUCUUAAAGAAGAUGUUACAGGUCUGUGAGAGCCAGAAAUCUUGCUUGUUUGUAGGUGACCAAAUACUUAUUUUCCACCAUAAUUUGCAAAUAAAUUCAUUUUAAAAAAUCUGGAAAUUUUUUUCUCAUUUUGUCUGUCAUAGUUGACGUGUACCUAUGAUGAAAAUUACAGGCCUCUCUCAUCUUUUUAAGUGGGAGAACUUGCACAAUUGGUGGCUGACUAAAUACUUUUUUUCCCCACUGUAUCUGUCUGUCUCGCUUUCUCUCUCUCUAUCUAUCUGUCUGUCUCGCUUUCUCUCUCUCUAUCUAUCUGUCUGUCUGUCUCGCUUUCUCGCUUUCUCUCUCUAUCUGUCUGUCUCACUUUAUCUCUCUCUGUCUGUCUCACUUUAUCUAUCUGUCUGUCUGUCUCACUUUCUUUCUCUCUCUCUCUAUCUGUCUGUCUGUCUCACUUUCUCUCUCUAUCUACAGUGAGGGAAAAGGUAUUUGAUCCCCUGCUGGUUUUGUAUGUUUGCCCACUGACAAAGAAAUGAUCAGUCUAUAAUUUUAAUGGAAUGUUUAUUUGAACAGUGAGAGACAGAAUAACAACAAAUAAAUCCAGAAAAAUGCAUGUCAGAAAUGUUAUAAAUUGAUUUGCAUUUUAAUGAGGCAAAUAAGUAUUUGACCCCCUCUCAAUCAGAAAAAUUUCUGGCUCCCAGGUGUCUUUUAUACAGGUAACGAGCUGAGAUUAGGAGCACACUCUUAAAGGGAGUGCUCCUAAUCUCAGCUUGUUACCUGUAUAAAAGACACCUGUCCACAGAAGCAAUCAAUCAAUCAGAUUCCAAACUCUCCACCAUGACCAAGACCAAAGAGCUCUCCGAGGAUGUCAGGGACAAGAUUGUAGACCUACACAAGGCUGGAAUGUGCUACAAGACCAUCGCCAAGCAGUUUCGUGAGAAGGUGACAACAGUUGGUGCGAUUGUUCACAAAUGGAAGAAACACAAAAGAACUGUCAAUCUCCCUCGGCCUGGGGCUCCAUGCAAGAUCUCACCUCGUGGAGUUGCAAUGAUCAUGAGAACGGUGAGGAAUCAGCCCAGAACUACACGGGAGGAUCUUGUCAAUGAUCUCAAGGCAGCUGGGACCAUAGUCACCAAGAAAACAAUUGGUAACACACUACGCCGUGAAGGACUGAAAUCCUGCAGCACCCGCAAGGUCCCCCUGCUCAAGAAAGCACAUAUACAGGGCCGUCUGAAGUUUGCCAAUGAAUAUCUGAAUAAUUCAGAGGAGAACUGGGUGAAAGUGUUGUGGUCAGAUGAGAUCAAAAUCGAGCUCAACUCGCUGUGUUUGUAGGAGGAGGAAUGCUGCCUAUGACCCCAAGAACACCAUCCCCACCGUCAAACAUGGAAGUGGAAACAUUAUGCUUUGGGGGUGUUUUUCUGCUAAGGGGACAGGACAACUUCACUGCAUCAAAGGGACGAUGGACGGGGCCAUGUACCGUCAAAUCUUGGGUGAGAACCUCCUUCCCUCAGCCAGGGCAUUGAAAAUGGGUCGUGGAUGGGUAUUCCAGCAUGACAAUGACCCAAAACACACGGCCAAGGCAACAAAGGAGUGGCUCAAGAAGAAGCACAUUAAGGUCCUGGAGUGGCCUAGCCAGUCUCCAGACCUUAAUCCCAUAGAAAAUCUGUGGAGGGAGCUGAAGGUUCGAGUUGCUAAACGUCAGCCUCAAAACCUUAAUGACUUGGAGAAGAUCUGCAAAGAGGAGUGGAACAAAAUCCCUCCUGAGAUGUGUGCAAACCUGGUGGCCAACUACAAGAAACGUCUGACCUCUGUGAUUGCCAACAAGGGUUUUGCCACCAAGUACUAAGUCAUGUUUUGCAGAGGGGUCAAAUACUUAUUUCCCUCAUUAAAAUGCAAAUCAAUUUAUAACAUUUUUGACAUGCGUUUUUCUGUUCAAAUAAACCUACCGUUAAAAUUAUAGACUGAUCAUGUCUUUGUCAGUGGGCAAACGUACAAAAUCAGCAGGGGAUCAAAUAUUUUUUAUCCGUCACUGUAUCUGUCUGUCUCACUUUCUCUCUCUAUCUAUCUGUCUGUCUCGCUUUCUCUCUCUCUCUAUCUGUCUGUCUCGCUUUCUCUUGCUCUCUCUGUCUCUCCCUCAAUGAAGCCUCUCUGAUUGUGCUACCAGCAGAGCUCCAUUUAGCAUGUGUUGAACUCACAGAACAGAAGUGUUGUCUUUGUUUGCUGGUGCCUUUAAAGUAAUGGCCAACAGAUACUGUAUCAGCGAUGUAAUGACCGACAGAUACUGUAUCAGCGGUGUAAUGACCGACAGAUACUGUAUCAGUGAUGUAAUGCCCGACAGAUAAUGUAUCAGUGAUGUAAUGCCCGACAGAUACUGUAUCAGCGAUGUAAUGACCGACAGAUACUGUAUCAGCGAUGUAAUGACCGACAGAUACUGUAUCAGUGAUGUAAUGACCGACAGAUAAUGUAUCAGUGAUGUAAUGCCCGACAGAUACUGUAUCAGGCAAUGUAAUGACCGACAGAUACUGUAUCAGCGAUGUAAUGACCGACAGAUACUGUAUCAACGAUGUAAUGACCGACAGAUACUGUAUCAGCGGUGUAAUGACCGACAGAUACUGUAUCAGUGACUUGACGCUGUUACAGACAAAUUAAGAUCCUAGAAUCUUCAGCCAAUCAUUUUCAUACUUAGCAUUUGUUUUGAGAGAGUGCUUGACAUGCAUUUUGUAAAUGCUAUCUAUUAGUACUAGUAUGACUGAUGGCAUGACAUUCUUCAGUGUCCUUAGCUUCUCAGGUGUUGUGAUCUGAACCAAGCAUAGGGGACAUACACAGUAGGUGCAUCCCAAAUGGCACACUAUUCCCUAUAUAGUGCAAUACUUUUGCCCAGAGCCCUAUUGGAAUCCUAUCGGGUCCUGGUCUAAGGUAGUGCACUACACUGAGUGUACAAAAUAUACCAAUAUUGAGUUGCACCUCACCCUUUUUGCCCUCGGAACAGCCUCAAUUCGUCGGGGCAUGGACUCCACAAAGUGUCAAAAGCGUUCCACAGGGAUGCUGGCCAUGUUGACUUCAAUUCUUCCCACAGUUGUGUAAAGUUAGCUGGAUGUCCUUUGGGUGGUGGACCAUUCUUGAUACACACGGGAAACAUCAACGUUGCUGGGUUUGACACAAACCGGUGCGCCUGGCACCAACUACCAUACCCUGUUCAAAGACACUUAAAUAUUUUGUCUUGCCCAUUCACCCUCUGAAUGGCACACAUACACAAUCCAUGUCUCAUUUGUCUCAAGGCUUGAAAAUCAUUAUUUAACCUGUCUCCUCACCUUCAUUAACACUGAUUGAAGCGGAUUUAACAAGUGACAUCAAUAAGGGAUCAUAGCUUUCACCUGGAUUCACCUGGUCAGUCUAUGUCAUGGAAAGAGCAGGUGUUCGUAAUGUUUUGUCCACUGUUCUAUAGAGAAUAAGGAGGUAUAUUGUGGCGUAGUGUGACAGCCCAUAUGGUGACUGAUCCUGUUUGCUGUGUCAUCUCUCCGUGUCUCUGCAGAGGGGGAGAAAUCAAUACUGAAGAAUCAUCUUGAGCAGAAGCCUCAGGCCCAGUGGGGCUCCAUGGAUCCUUCCAGAAUAAACAGAGGUCCCCUGGAGGAUAUCAACUCACCUGAACAGUGAGUUCUCCCUUUUUUCUUCGUACUGUUGUCUUUUUCUGCAGACUAGACAUUAGAUGUAUUACUACCACCGCCAUCACUGCAUGCUGGUUGCUCUGGCAACCAGCUCUGUGAAAGAUGGACCAAUAUAACAUCCCAAUCAUCUUUCUUCAGACACACCCACACACACACACUCUCUCUCCCCCUCCCACACACACAUAUAACCGGCAGAGCACAGCUGACUGCAUAUUGUCCCAACUCUUAAAACGUGGCGGUCCAGAACACUCAUAACACAUUCAGAUGACAAAUAAAGAGCUACCUUCACUUAUUAUUCAUGAGCAGGCCGGGGCAUGUCGACUUCAUCAGAGAGGAAAAAAAGAGUUUAAUGCAUCAUUGAGAGCCUCCUCCUCUUCUCCCCCGUCCUCCAAGCUCUCCUCUCCUCCUCCUACGUUGCAUCUAACUAAAACCGUUGGGACGAGAGAGAGAGGAGCGAGCGAGAUAGACUCGAGAUAGUCGAUCGAGAGAUCGAUAGCUCGCGGAGCGAAGAGAGCUCGAGAGAUGAUAGAGAGAGAGCGAUAGGAAAAACGAUAGACAGAGAGAACCCAUGAUAGCGCGAUGACAUGAGAAGGAGGAACCAUGAGAGAGUCACAGAGCUUACGUAACCAGUGAUUUACGGCUACGGUUGGAAGCAGCAGGGGUUGAAAAUAGACUGGGGAGACGAAGAAGAACACUGAGCUUUCCCACACCACAUGAAUGUUUGAUCAUAGAUAGAGAGAGAGAGAGAGAUAGAGAGAUAGAGAGAGAGAAGAUAUAUAGAGAGCUAACUAUAGCAUCUCUAGAGAUCUAUCUAAUCUCUAGAUCUAUCUCUCUACUCUAAUCCUAUCGAUAUUGCUCUACUCUACUGCUAUCUCUCUCUCGCUCAUCCUCCUCUCAUAGCUCUCUCGUAUUUUUUCGUUUCCUUCAUGUCUCUCCUGCAUGCUCUCUCUAGAGAUAUGAAUCUCGUAGCACCCACGACUACAUACACAGCCGAGACAGAGAGACAUACAGAUACAUACAAGAGAGACAGAGAGAGACAGAGAGACAAAGUGAUUCCAGAACAAAGCCAUCACCUACAGUGAGAUGAACCUGGAGAAGAGUCCCCUAAGCAAGCUGGUCCUGGGGCUCUGUUCACAAACAGACCCCACAGAGCCCCAAGACAGCAACACAAUAAGACCCAACCAAAUCAUGAAAAAAGAAAAAUAUAUGUACUUGACACAUUGGAAAGAAUUUACCAAAAAACUGAGCAAACUGGCAGAAUGCCUGACCACUGUGACUGACCCAAAUUAAGGAAAGCUUUGACUAUGUACAGACUCAGUGAGCAUGGCCUUGCUAGUGAGAGAGGCCACUGUAGGCAGACCUGGCUCUCAAGAGAAGACAGGCUAUGUGCACACUGCCCACAAAAUGAGGUGGAAACUGAGCUGCACAUCCUAACCUCCUGCCAAAUGCAUAACCAUAUUUGAGACACACAUUUCCUUCAGAUUGCACAUACCCACAAAGAAUUUGAAAAAAACAAAUCCAAUUUUGAUAAACUACCAUAUCUUUUGGGUGAAAUACCACAGUGUGCCAUCACAGCAGCAAGAUUUGUGUCCUGUUGCCACAAGAAAAGGGCAACCAGUGAAGAACAAACACCAUUGUAAAUACAACCCAUAUUUAUGUUUAUUUAUUUUCCCUUUUAUACUUUAACUAUUUGCACAUCAUUACAACACUGUAUAUAGCCAUAAAAUGUCUCUAUUCUUUUGGAACUUUUGUGAGUUUAAUAUUUACUGUUAAUUUUAUAUUGUUUAUUUCACUUUAGUUUAUUAUCUAUUUCACUUGCUUUGGCAAUGUUAACAUAUGUUUCCCAUGCCAAUAAAGCCCUUUGAAUUGAAUUGAGAGAGAGAGAGAGCUCUGUUUCAGAUAAGAGCCUGGCAAAUAGAGCCAAUCAAAACACCUCAUCACCUUCUCUUGGCAAGACAUCCUCAUGUACCGUAUGACCUUCCUUUCCAAUCUCCACUACCUUCUCCAAGAGGACAAAAAGUAUUCUGAUACCAUCAAUAGUGUACAACUAAUACUCUGUUAGGAGGAUCGCAAAAUGUAUUGACACGCAAUGGAGUAGGUGUAUGGAGAAGUUGCCCCUGGACGCUGACCUGGGGUCAGUUUGGCAUUUUCCCUACUAAUGGUUACGGUUAGGAUUCGGGGAGGAGAAGCUGAACCUAGAUCUGUCCUUAGGGGAAAAUGUAUUGCUGACCCAAUACAGUACAUUAUCAUUAGACUAGUACAGUACAUGUGUUCUUUCAUCAAAAAACAUGUACAACAACCUGAGACAAUUCACUGGUCAUAUUUAGAAAGUUCUCAGAAUUGAAAGACUUCUUUGAGGGUCCAGCUAGUCAAUGAGGAGGACAUGUUUUUUUCUAUCUUUACAUAACUACCAUUUGGUUACGUAAUCGGCUUGAAAAGCGAUGGCUCUAGCAGAGAGGUGCGGUGUGAGCUGUCACACCAGGCAGAAGCAUGACAUUUUAUUUUUGUCAGAAGAUCUCCAAAGCACGGAGUGUUAGUGGAUUAUGGGUUAGUGGAGAGGAGUGGAGUGGAGAGGAGUGGGAUGUAGUGUAUGUAUGGACAGUGAUGCUGGAGAGGGGUGGGGUGGUAGCAGUAGACUCCCAGCCUCUGGUGUGUUACUGUGGGGGGUGAAGGGGGAGGUGCGGGGUGAGAGGACCAGGGAGGCUCUCUGGUGUGUUACUGUGGAGGUGGGGGGUGAGGGGUGAGGGGACCAGGGAGGCUCUCUGGUGUGUUACUGUGGGGGUGAAGGGGGAGGUGGGGGGGUGAGAGGACCAGGGAGGCUCUCUGGUGUGUUACUGUGGGGGUGAAGGGGGAGGUGGGGGGUGAGAGGACCAGGGAGGCUCUCUGGUGUGUUACUGUGGGGGUGAAGGGGGAGGUGGGGGGUGAGAGGACCAGGGAGGCUCUCUGGUGUGUUACUGUGGGGGUGAAGGGGGAGGUGGGGGGUGAGAGGACCAGGGAGGCUCUCUGGUGUGUUACUGUGGGGGGUGAAGGGGGAGGUGGGGGGUGAGAGGACCAGGGAGGCUCUCUGGUGUGUUACUGUGGGGGUGAAGGGGGAGGUGGGGGGUGAGAGGACCAGGGAGGCUCUCUGGUGUGUUUUUCAUGUUGGGGGGGUAGAGGAGGAGGGGGGGUGAGGGGACCAGGGAGGCUCUCUGACUGCGUUGUGACCCUGUUAGAGUAUUUUAACUACAGUGUACAGUCAUCCAGCCCCCUUUGCUUCAGUAAUCACAAGUGCUGGUGUACAAAAAGCUGUUUGAAUUAUUGAGAGUGAAACAGCACAUACUGGCUGGAUGUAAAUAGUCCUGUAUGUACAGUGUGUUCGCAAUGUAGCACCACAUAGAUUUAGAAAGACUGUCGAGGGUUUAACACUUUGACAGCACACAUGGGACAUUUACUCCUUCAAUUGAAACCUUUAUUUAGCCAGGUGAAUAUAAUGAUGUUUAAUGAUGCUUAACAUGCUAUACCAUUCAUCACCCUGGCUCUCUCUCUCUUUCUCUCUGUCCACAGCAUACAGCGCAGGCUGUCGUUGCAGCUGCCAAUCCUGCACCAUGCCUACCUACCCUCCAUAGGGGGGGUGGAUGCCAGCUGUACCAGCCCCAACGCCAGCCCCGGCUCUAGCCCACGGCACAGACACAUGCCCCCGUCCUACCGGGUCAUGGUCUCAGGCCUGUGA